AUGUCGAAACCCAUCCCAGCGACAUGGCGAAGGGGCUCAGCAAUGUCUGAAUCUCCCUCCUUCACACCCAGCGAUGUUGCUGCCGGUGUUGAAACCCCCCUCGGAUCGAGCGAGAACGAAGACGGCAUGGCCUACCUCCGUUCCAUGAGCUACGUCCACACUUCGGGUCGUUUCAGCUCCUACUCCAUCAUGGAUGACUCUCGACGCGCAACACUGGUCAACCCUGGCACUCCCACCGACUAUUCUUCCGAGACCGACUCGCAAAAGGGCGGCAAGUUUGACACAACUACCAAGAAAAGUCCUCUUCGGGACAGUCGAUCCUGGGAAAACCAUGCUGAAAUGGGACAAGUUCUCCCCGAAAUCACGCCUGAAGCUGUCAAGAAGAUGAAGUACGGUCGUUUGAGGUACAUCGAUGGUUUGCGUUUCCUUGCUGCCAUUGUUGCGCUCACUUCCACUGUGAUCGGAACACAGAACACAAAGUGGGCUGUUGGAAAGAGCAUUCUCUAUCCCUUCGGCUCUGAUUUUGCUCUCACUCUCUUCCUUGCGAUUCAAGGCCGAGCUUUGGCACUUCCUUGGCUGAUCAACCGCAAAGACGCAUGUAAGAGCUUCAACGAUGCUGCAGCCAAAGCCAAAGCCGCUAAAGCUGCCAAGGCUAAUGCUGCUCCCAAGGCUCUUGACGAAAAAGCAACCCCUCAACCAGUCCAAGGAAACAAGGCAGAGUCCGAGAUCAACACUCCUGACUUCAAGCUCUACGGAAUGGCCAUGAUUUCUCGUCCCUUCCGAUUCCUCCUUCCUAUCCUUUUUGUGACCGGUGUUCAAUACGGUUUCUGCCAAGCCACCGGUUUGUACCCAAACAACCCUAACUUCGAAAGCCUGAUCGGAACCCGACCGGGAUGGUGCUUCAGGAAUGCCUCUCAAUGGAUCAUUACCGCUACCAACCUUUUCACCUCGGAAGACCGCCCCACAGAACUUCGCAGUGAAGCUGGACCCCUCUUCUACCUCCCCUGGUUCUUCCAGAACAGCUACUACCUCUACGGUCUUAGCAUGAUUGUCAGCAUCCUGCAGCGAGACACCCGAGUAGCAUUCUUGCUCAUUAUGGGCCUGCUCAAUUGGUGCACUCUUUCGUACCUCGCUCCCGCACUCCUCGGUCUGCUAGUAGCUGAACUCGACAUUUCGGGCCACUUCGCUCGUCUUCGCAAACACAAAGUAGCAACCUGGGUCAUUCAGGGAUUCUGCACCGCCGUCCUGCUCGUUUUCCUCCUUGUACCCCAAGUGCGAGACGCAAUCAACACGGGACUUUCGCACCUCCAAGUGAUCCGACCCACCAACCGUAACGGAGCCAACAUCUACUCUGUCAUCAAAUUCACCGAUGUCAUUUGCUCCUUGCUCCUUCUCACCCUCCUAGAACUCUCGCCUCUCUCCCAAAAAGUGCUCUCCAUCACGCCCCUCUGCAUGGCAGGCCAACAGAUCGGAGCAGCUAUUGUAGCGAUGCACGCUAUCGUACUCUGGUCGAUCAUGCCCAAGAUCUUCCCCAUGACGGCGGAUUCUUCGAUCACUUCAGGUGCUGCGACGAACCUCGCUGGUAUUUGGGCUCUGACGUUGAUUAUUACAUUGGCGUUGAGCACGGUGUUUAGGGUGAUGAUUGAGAUUCCAAGUGAGCUGCUGGGUAGGGCGACACUAAUAUUUUUCUAUGGGCAGGAUGAUAUGCAGCAAUUGAGCAGUGUUUCGUUGCAGCAUGUGAAUAAGGCUAGGAACUCGGGCUAUUUGCUGCCGAUUCCGAGUCUGGGUAAUCCGAUGGCCAAGUUGGGUUUGACUAAGGUGCCUUGGUAA